UGAGAAAAGCCCUUAGGAUCUUUUGCAGAGACUAAGUCCCAGCUUGUAGAAACUUGAGACUUGGAGUAGUGCAGCGGAAGUUGAGACAGUUGAACCCUUGUACUAGUAUAUGAGAACAAAAAAGCCCUUAGGAUCUUUUGCAGAGACUAAGUCCCAGCUUGUAGAAACUUGAGACUUGGAGUAGUGCAGCGGAAGUUGAGACAUACAAGGACAAGGUCGUCCUCGUCGUCAACGUCGCCUCGGCAUGUGGACUCACCGAUUCCAACUACAAGGAGCUGCAGACGGUGUACGAUAAGCUCAAGGACAGAGUUCGGCGGGCAGGAGCCGGGCAGCAACGAGAAGAUCAAGGAGUUCGCAUGCUCCAGAUACAGCGCCACCUUCCCGCUCUUUGACAAAGUGGAUGUGAACGGGGCGAACGCAGCCCCAGUGUACCAGUUCCUGCGGUCGCAGAAGGGCGGAGGGCUGCUGGGGGAUUCGAUCAAAACAGAGGGAGAAAGAACAGUGGGAGGAAGAACAGAGGGAGUAAUAACAGAGGGAGUAAGAACAGAGGGAGUAAGAACAGAGGGAGGAAGAACAGAGGGAGGAAGAACAGAGGGAGGAGGAACAGAGGGAGGAGGAACAGAGGGAGGAAGAACAGAGGGAGGAAGAACAGAGGGAAUUAGAACAGAAGGAGGAAGAACAGAGGAAGGAAGAACAGAGGGAGUAAGAACAGAGGGAGGAAGAACAGAGGGAGGAAGAACAGAGGGAGGAAGAACAGAGGGAGGAAGAACAGAGGGCGGAAGAACAGAGGGAGUAAAAACAGAGGGAGGAAGAACUGAGGGAGGAAGAACAGAGGGAGGAAGAACAGAGGGAGUAAGAACAGAGGGCGGAAGAACAGAGGGAGUAAAAACAGAGGGAGGAAGAACUGAGGGAGGAAGAACAGAGGGAGGAAGAACAGAGGGAGUAAGAACAGAGGGAGGAGGAACAGAGGGAGGAGGAACAGAGGGAGGACGAACAGAGGGAGGAAGAACAGAGGGAGUAAGAACAGAGGGAGGAAGAACAGAGGGAGGAAGAACAGAGGGAGGAAGAACAGAGGGAGGAGGAACAGAGGGAGGACGAACAGAGGGAGGAAGAACAGAGGGAGUAAGAACAGAGGGAGGAAGAACAGAGGGAGGAAGAACAGAGGGAGUAAGAACAGAGGGAGGAGGAACAGAGGGAGGAGGAACAGAGGGAGGACGAACAGAGGGAGGAAGAACAGAGGGAGUAAGAACAGAGGGAGGAAGAACAGAGGGAGGAGGAACAGAGGGAGGACGAACAGAGGGAGGAGGAACAGAGGGAGGAAGAACAGAGGGAGGAAGAACAGAGGGAGUAAGAACAGAGGGAGGAAGAACAGAGGGAGGAAGAAAAGAGGGAGGAAGAACAGAGGGAGUAAGAACAGAGGGAAACAGAGGGAGGAAGAACAGAGGGAGGAAGAACAGAGGGAGGAGGAACAGAGGGAGGAAGAACAGAGGGAGGAAGAACAGAGGGAGGAAGAACAUAGGAAGGAAAAACAGAGGGAGGAAGAACAGAGGGAGUAAGAACAGAGGGUGUAAGAACAGAGGGAGUGAGAACAGACGGAGUAAGAACAGAGGGAGGAAGAACAGAAGGAGGAAGAACAGAAGGAGGAAGAACAGAGGGCAGAAGAACAGAGGGAAAACUAGCGGAGGGAGGAAGAUCAGAGGGAGGAGGAACAGAGAGAGGAAGAACAGAGGGAGGAAGAACAGAGGGAGGAAGAACAGAGGGAGGAAGAACAGAGGGAGGUAGAACAGAGGGAGGAAGAACAGAGGG